CCAGAACAGGAUGGGAAAGCUACAGUCGGGGUGGAGGUAACCUUGGAUAACUGCAAGAGAAACAGAUCCUUUGUCCUCUGUCUCUGUCUCUCACUCUCUCUCUCUGCUUCGACAUGGAUCAGGACGACGAGAACCCAUCCGAGAUCAACAGGAAAAGAAAGUUGCAGCCUGGGCUCUUGAUUCUGCCUCUGCCAAAGCACCAAUGCUGGGAUCGAAGCCCUAUUCAUUUGUCUACAUUCAAUAAGCACUCGGAAGAAGAUGACACAUCUAAAGUCGCAAUCAAGGGAAAGGUGGAAAUAGGCGACAGCAUCGAUGGUUCGGGACCUGAAUCGGAAAAGGAUAGUAACAGCCACAUGGAAAAUUCCGAUUCCGCUAUGUCAUUGUAUGGAGUAGAUAACUGGGACACUGAGUCUGCCUCAAUAACCAAUGGGCAUUCAGCAUCGUUCACCAGUUAUGGGUGUGCGAAUUCGGAAAAUUCAUCUUAUUCAUUCGAUAGCAUGAUGAUACUGGAUAAACAGGAUGGUAAAGAUAAUCUAGUGCUAGGUCUUCAGGACGUCAUUCCUCUCAGUGGCGACAGUCAAUUACGAGUACAGCAGAUCCUGGAGGAGCAUCUCCUUCAAUUUGGAAACCAUGCAGACCACAUAUGCUCGGAAGAGGGAAAGGACUGCAUUGACCAAUGCCAUGAUGAUGAAACCGAAGAUAUCAUCUACUCCGACUGUGGGGCUUCCAAUAAUUUUGUCCUUUCCUCUGGAAGAUGGAUCGUCAACCGAGAAGCCCAACACGGUACGAGAAGACCGACAAUAGACCAAGAGUUUGAGCAGUACUUCUCCACACUCAUGCUGUAGCAGGGCAUUGCCGGAAAUAAACGACAAAUGCAGAUAUUACUGAUAUCAGCUUCCUGGAUCAUUGCCCUGUACUCUGCCGUAGGUAUGGAGGUUAUAAAUCAGUCUCGCCGCACUUUUCGGUUGUUGCAUACUCUAAAAUAAAAAUAAUCGCCAGCAAAUCUUGAGGGAACUUCUUUGAUGAUAUAUUGCCUAAGCUUUUGGUUGGGAUGUAUGCACAUACCUCUGUCUUCGCUAGUAAA